AUUAAAGAUAUCAUUUUACAGUUACUAAAAAAAAAAAAACUCUCCUUCUCCAUUCCCUUUCCUUUCCCCUUCUCCUUCACAAUCUGAGGCUUUCCCUUCCCCUCCUCCUUCCUCUUCUCCAACACAUCCCCAAUUCCCUUUUCCUUUUCUCUUCUCCUUCUGAAAUUUUUCAUAUAAACCAAAUCACAGAUAAAAUAUUUUUAGCCUCUUCUACUUGCUAGGUUGAAAAGAUUAAGAAUAGCUGCAUGUGUUUUCUAUGGCAUCAAGUUAUUUACAAUCCAUCUUGUCACCACUUUAGUAGGAAAAGUUCACUGUCAGUGAAGUUGAAGCACUUUUUGAGCUAUUUAAGAGCAUAAGCAGUUCGGUUCGGUUGUUGAUGAUGAUCUAAUAAGCAAGGAAGAAUUUCAAUUGGCAAGCUUCAAGAAUAGGAAAAAGGAGAAUAUCUUUGUCAAUCGGAUACUAUACAUACACAACAUGGGUCUGGUUUAUGAAUAAGGCCUUCAUUUUUAAGAUUUUUUAUCUAUUUGAUGUUAAGAGGAAGGGAGUAAUUGACUUUGAUGACUUUGUUCGAUCUAUCAAUGUCUUCCACCCAAAUGCACCACUGGAAGACAAGAUUGAUUUUUCAUUUAGGCUCUAUGAUUUGGACAGCACAGGCAUUGUAGAAUGCCAAAAGGUCAAGCAAAUGUUGAUUGCGCUUCUCUGUGAAUCUGAAAUGAAGCUAGCAGAUGAGGACAAAAGAGGUGAAGCAAAAUCCAGUCCAGCAAGUCUUAACUGUACCGCUGUGAAGACUUGCCGCUGCAACGCGCUGCACCUCCAUUCUGAGUCUUUCUUAUCUGUGGCUGGACUGCUAAACCUUCUUCCCCAAGGUACCAUUGGCGCUAUCUCUGCUUGUUUAGACAAAGACAAUGCCAGAUUUGCUCGCCAUCUCCUCAUACUCUUGCGUGGUUCAAAUCUGCUGCAGCUAUAUAGAUUCCUGAUGAAGAUAUUGGACUUUAUGAGGUUGCCAAGAAAAUCGACAACAGUAUGGCUUCGCCACCUCGGGGAUCCUCUUGCUCCUCCUUACUCUUCUCCUUCUUGGCCUCAACCUUGGUACCCAGGUAUUUUCCUCCGUUGCCGCUGCUGUGAUCAAUAUUCAAACUUCGGGGAUUAGGAAGUUUCUACAACUAAGUUUAGAAGAGGAGUUGGAUGAUAAAACCUCCGAUUAUAAUUUUGGACUGGUGUUAAAGGAAACAAUGCUUAAUCUCGGCCCAACCUUUAUAAAAGCUGUGAAAUUUGAUCUGAUUAGCAUCCUACUAUAAUUUUUUAGUUAAGUUUCCAUCAUAAUUUCAUUAUCAUGCUUUAUAUGAUUCCUUUAGUGCGUAUUGCAUAAAAAAAAAAUGGGUUUCUUCAUUUAUGUCAUACAUUCAUAAGGAUAUCAAUAUUCUUGUUACAUUCGUUUUAUUGGUGAUGCAGUUGGUCAGUCCCUUUCUACAAGAGCAGAUAUCAUUGGUGUUGGGAUGUCCAAGGUUAGAUUAAAAACUGUAUGUCUGUUGCUAUUUUCUUAUUGGUGGACAUUUCUUUCUAGCAAUGGAUUCCAAAGGAAGGGGCAAUGAAUUCCAAAGGAAGGGCUUAUUAUUGGUUAUGAGCAGUCAUAAUCUCUUGUUGGAUGAAGAUAAUACAUGGUUAUAAGUCAAAUUAUUAGUGACUUAGUGUUAAGUAUGUUCUUUAGCAGUGAUACUAAUUUGAGUGUAAAAAGGUAUUUUUGUUUUCUAUCUUAGACUCGUAUGGCAUCUACCUCUGACUCUGUGCUGAACUCUUUUUUUUUUGGGCCAUGUACAAGUACAACAUAAUUCCAUUUCACUGUCUUGGCAAUUUAUUCCUAUAGGCGUUGUUUCAGAAUGGUACUUUUUCUUGUGAGGCCUAAAGCAUGUGCUUCUUUACCUGCUAAGCUCGAGUCAAAGUAGUCAUGCUGUCAUUUAGUGAUUAAGUUUGUGGGUGGGUUGACAAUUAUUACAACCAAAUUAUUUUCUUUUA